AUGAGAAACAGCAAGAAGAGACCACGUCCAAGUACGAGGAGUCAGGGAAGACCGUCAAGAGACUUGUUCUAUCAAUCUCCGACUGAUUAUUCGGAUGAAGAGACUCAAGGAAUCUUCGAGUUCAUGAAGAAACUGAAACAGGCCGAUGAUGAAACAUGCAUGUUCAAUCGAUUCUGCUGUGCGAUCGAGUGUUAUCGAUCUGGUAGUGGAACCUACAUCAGUCUCAAAAACCGUCUUCUUUCGAUUCUCCGUGGUCACAAAGGUUUACUCGACGAGUUCCAUCAGCUUAAGUCGAGUUUUGAUUCUCCUGUAAUAAGAAACAACGAGAAGAAAGAGAACGUGCAAUCAGACGUGGGACGCACGGUAGGGUUCUUGAAGAAAAUCGAAGCCCUAGGCGAGAGUGCGUACAAAGCGUUUAUCGGUGCGUUAGCGUUUCCCGGCGAUAUGGAGAUUCUGGUUGAACAACUAGACGUGAUUCUAGGCGACCACACGCCUCUAAAAGAGGAGUUUGAAACGUUCUUAGUCGAUUCCCGUUUACUCAAACGCAAACGCGAAGAAAGCGUGAAGAUCACGCCAUCGUAUCAGAUUAGACCUGAAGCUGAAGAGGGGUCUUCUUCCUCCGGUGGAGUUUUAAACGAGAAGUACUAUUUGGUCAGUCCGUAUGAUCCCGAGGUCGCAUGGCAGAAGAAGCACCAGCGCUGCCUCAAUAAGAAAAGGAAUUACCUUGAAGACAAAUACAUGAAGGAAGACAUGCUCAUGGGUGACAUAGCUGCGGUUAUUAGGUUUGGUAAGGAUGCCUUGAAACUCUUUGAGAAGCCGCCACUAGGAUUUAACAGAGUCUUGGAUUGGUUUUGCGGAGGUAAGGAAGUACCACAAGAAUAUAAGACACAUCCGAAACGUGCGGCAAUAUGUAUGUUACCUAUGUUGCAGAAUACGCAUGAGGAGAUGACAAGGGCGAAAACAAGUAGGGUGAUAAGUGUCUAUCACCGUGCGAGUCAGAAGGGUAAUGAUAAGUAG